AUGAACCGCACUGAAGCUCUGCGUGAGUUGUUUGACAAAGGAAGCCCAUACAUUGAGGACUGCGAGAGUUUUGUGGUCUUAGAUGCCCUUCGUGCCCACCCUUUCUACAGUGCCUUCGUCGUUGUCGGUGCCAACGCGGAGGGCGCCGUGCGUGUCACGCGCUCUCGUAUUAACGCGGCGUUGCGUGCCAUGGAGGAGUGCAACCCCGCCAUGGCAGACCUGGAGGGUUCUCUUCUCAUGCAGGAGGCCGAGUUGCUGUCGGCCUCCAACACGAUAAAAGACCUUAGCUCCUCCAUCGGGGAGGCGCAGCAGCAACUCGAGAAGAAAGAGCAAGACGUGUGGAGCCCAUUCUUCUUUUCCACAGGGGAGGGGACGAAGGAGCGGAAGGUGCAUUCUGCCUCCUCUGCAAAGCCAACGCUUCAGUUUUUGCAGCACCUUGGUGCGGCACUUGAUGUACUUGAAGGUACAGUGGGUCGCUGGCGACUGCGCCUGGCUUUGUGCAAGGAAGAGUUGGCGCUAUACAAGCGAGAAAUGUUCACCUUUGGACGGGUGGGUGUACUCUCGUGCUCCAAUCCUGAGAAAGAGCGGGAACGGGAGGAAGAAAUCCCCUUUCUUGGAGGGGAGAAGAAUAGAGGUGAUGUGGACGCAACAAAUCCAACUUGUUCCCCGCAUCUGGAAGGAAAGCCGUACUCUCCUGCUGGGGUGGUGUCUGUGGUGGAUCUCGUGAUCAAGAAGGCGGCGCGGACGGUAACGGCGGCACCGCUACCCCAUGGCGAGCAGUUAUGGUCGUUAGUGGCCGGGGGACGGGGCGAGGCGAGUUUUCGGAUGUCAUCCUUACCGGAGGCGGCCUAUCCGCAGUUUGCCUACAAUGCGGAGGAGGUGCAACGACUUACCGAGGCGAAUAUUGUGCUUCAGGAGCAACAAAAGAUGGCUUCUGCGGAGGAUGCCAAGGCGGUUGAGGCCUCCGUGCGUGAGUUGUCACAGUUGACCUCGUUAAUGAAUGAACAGGUCAUGCAGCAGAACGAGCAGUUCUCUAUCCUGCUUAGAAACACAGAGAUGGCUCAUAACAACAUGCAUAAAGGAGUGACAGAAGUACGGAAAACACUGUCCGGCUUUUGGAAUCCCACGCGUCAACUGAUUUUGUGUCUGUGGGUUAGCAUCCUAGUAUUGCUUCUGGCCAACUGGUGCAUCCGCUAA